AUGACAGAGAUGCACGAGAAGAGGUCCCCUAAAGUAGGCCCCAAGACUACUAAUACUGGUGUCCGACCUCAGGAGUCGUCACACUCGGCUACUAUAGACGAAAUCGGCCGGGCCGCGGCUCAAAACGUCGAAGGUCGUGGUAGCGUUGACAUUGACGAAAAGCACGUUCCAGACAUAGAAGGCCAAGAUGGCGUUCGAGACAUCGAAGCUAUCACUCAGACUUGGCUGCUGAUCGUCAAUUUUAUCUUAGCUUUUGGGUCUAGCCUGUUUAACUCUUUCAUCGCUUACGUUACAAGCGACUUCCAGCGGCAUUCGCUACUCACGACAGCGCAUGUAGUAGCAUCCAUCUUCGGGGGCGUAUUCUACCGCGUUGGUGAGAAUGGCAUGAAUUUUGUGCUCGACGUUUUGGUUGCGGAUACUUCGAAAUUGAGGAACCGAGCAUUGCUUUUGGCUGUGAUGUCUGCUCCGUUUUUAGCAACCACAUUUGCAGGACCCGCCGCCGCCGAAGACUUUCUUCUUGGUAUUGGUUGGCGAUGGGCCUAUGGUACCCUAGCAAUUAUUAUUCCCUUCUCUGCGAUUCCAGUUCUCUGGAUCUUGCUAUACACUCGCAAGGAGGCUCGCAAGCGGUUCCCCGCUGCUGUUCGUGACUCCGGUCGGACAUGGUCACAAAGCGUAAUGCAUUAUGCAAUUGAGUUCGACGUUGUCGGCAUGGUUCUUGUCGUAGCCGGAUUCUCGCUCAUCAUAUUACCCCUUAGUCUCGCCACGUAUCAGACUGAUAAAUGGAGGUUGGCUGCGAUCAUCACCAUGAUCGUUAUUGGUGGCUGGUCACUUGUCGCUUUCUGCAUUUGGGAGAAGUACUUCGCCAAAGUGACUCUCGUAUCGUUCCAUCUGCUGUGGGAUCGUACAGUUAUGGGCGCUUGCAUCAUGAGCGGCGUGAUGUUCCUCGCGUCGAGGUGUUGGGGCUCCUUUCAAAGCCAGCUUCAAAUCGGUAACAUCUACAACUUGGGCUCAUGCUCCUGGAGUUUUGUUAUCGGUUAUCUAAUCCGUGUGACAAACCGGUAUAAGUGGUUAGCGCUCAUCGCAGCUCCUCUGCUGGUUAUGAGCGCCGGGCUGAUGAUCAAGUACCGCAUGCCAGGUACUCCACUCGGUUUGGUGGCCAUGUGUCAAGUGCUUGAGACUAUAGGCGCCUCGACGCUUGUUGUAACCGAAAAGAUUGCUAUUAUGGCCGCCGCCGAACAUACUAACGUGGCCAUGGUACUUGCGCUCCUCGCUCUAUUCACUGCGGUUGGAGAUACAAUCGGCCUUGGCGUCAGUGGUGGGAUAUGGACACAUAGUAUGCCCGGUCUGCUUGAGAAGCACCUCCCGCUAGAGCUUAAGGACCAAGCCAGCAAGAUUUUCGGGAGCCUCGUAGUGCAGCUGUCGUAUAAAUGGGAAACGCCCGGGCGCUUGGCUAUCAUGGAUGCUUAUGGUGAAGGCAUGCAGCGUAUGUGCAUUGCUGCGUGCGCUGCCCUGUCGCUGACGAUUCCCUGCGCGCUAGCUUGGAAGAACUUGAACAUCCGGGAUAAGCAGAUGAAGGGCAGAGUGAUAUAA